AUGUAUUCCGCUCUGGUCUCUAGACCAAACACUUGCUUGCUCCGUCACGCAUAAUUAUACGACCUUUCUGAUCAAUUGCAAUAUGAUAUCGAGGACGUUGCGUCGCCAUACGGGGCUUAAGACUUCUGCAGAGGAAGACAGCAGUGUCACCGGGGAUAUUAUACAAAUUAUCGAGGACGAAGAUGGCCCUGACGGUCCUGACCUCAAUAUAAGCCACAGCUUCAAGCGGUCUGGAACUCAUAAUCUGGAUCGAAUCGGCUAUCAUGAAGAGAAAUGUCGCAACGUGCUUGUAAGAUACUGCGCACACAUCCCAAGGAACUACCAAUACAAAGACGGAAUUCCACAGAUCUUCUUAAUUUUACGAGAGCAUCUUGGUGACGAGAAUCUCGACUUGGCGGGUGGUGUACUUUACGAACUGAUUGAAGUCGACUGUGAGCAUACUGAUGAUCCGGGGGCCGCGUUUCAAAGGUGGAAACAUGAUCACCUACGCAGAUAUGCUGACCUCGAACUUCCUCACGUCCCACAUAUGACCACUAUUACUUCUUCAAUCAUUCCAACAAAGAAGCUCGCGCAAUGGCGAUCGGAACACCCAGACAGAUACCCCUUCGUAUUGUCCGAUUCAUCUCCUUCGACUGAGAGGGCAUCUAUCGAUCCAAGCUGCAUACGCAACCGAAAGGCAUGGCUUAUUGAUCACACACUAUACAUCUCUUCACGAAACGACGGUACUCGCCCACUUAACAGCCCUAAUCCUAAGAAGUUCCAUGAGAUGCAAUGGAGCCACGAGUGCGGCGCGCAAGGCAAAUUCAUCGAAGAGCGAGAUGUGCCGAUUGCCUCCCCGGAUCGUCCAAGCGCGACAUCACCCCCAGGUACAGCGGAUACUCUCCUUCUCGACAACCCAAAACCUUGCAAAGGACUUCGUGGUUAUUCAUCUAGAUCCAGUCUCUUUAGUAAACUAUCAGAUAAGAUUCAUAUGCAUAAACAUAAGCCCGAACUAGACCAAAGACGGUGCAGUUGGAUCCCGGGUGCGCUCACGUUCGAGCCAGCCUCAUCCUCAUCAUUUCGAACCAAACGAACCUGUCCGGAUGUCGCUACUGUGCCGCUACCUAACGGCUGCCAGAUACCGAAUGCAAUAUUCGCUAGGAAAUACUUACUCGUCGGGACUGGUGACUCACUGCCCCCGUGCCUACCUCUAAGACAGAUGCCUACCGCCGAAUCAAAGGCCACCGACACCAUCGUGAAGGCUGCCUCAACCGGAUUGUUAGAGAGAGCACGAAAAUGGUCGUUCCGAGGCCCCUUUACACCACAACUAAACUUUGAUGGAGGACUAGACUACCAAUGGAGCCCCGAGGAGCCCACGAUAACUUGCAGGAGAUUCGACCUAACUGAUUCAAUUGAGGGUACGAGCACCUUGCAGCUUGGUGAUCAAUUCGAAGAAAGUAACUUGGAGGGAACCGAACAAUCUGCAGAUUACCAACGGAUAUCAAUAAAGAGACAAGGGAUUGUCUUUAAUCUGGAAGAAAUAGUAGAUGGUGACAGGGAUACCACGCAGCUACUAGCAACUGCAAACUACACCACUUCGAACCGAUCUGCGCUCAAUAGCCUAGGUGAAACUAUACCGCGAGACUUUGAUAGGACCACAUGGAGGCAAUUACAGUCAGAUGAACCUUCGACGCUAAGUAACCAAGGCCUCUCGACACUAUUGGAUUCUAAUCAUGUCCAGCUAUCGUCUAUUCAAGAAAGAAAUAGACAUGGCUUACGACGUCGUGAUUCUCUACUUUUCAAAAACGUGGAAUUUACGAUGCCAGCAGAAGCCUCCGGUACCCAUACCUCAUCAACAUCAAAUCGUAAGACUACCAUAAUCGAGCUAUCACCGAGUCUUAGUACGCCUGAAUUUAAUGAGGAAGAUGUCCACAGAAGUGUGGUAACGGAAGAAGGGUGUUCUUGAAGGGCAAGUGUGACACAAGAGGCUAUCGCAGUGCUUGAUAAAUCAGCUAUGUGCAAUGUAGAAUUUAGUAGCUCUCGUCUUUGUGCUGUGUUUAAGGGGCAACAAUUGAAAGAUUCUCAUAUGCCUAAUAUUACAAGAGAUGCGUGGAAAGUAUCAAAACGGUCACAAAAAAACCUGAAAAAAUUAGGC